GCCCGGCACACGCCCACAGCGGGGCCGGCCCGGCACACGCCCACAGCGGGGCCGCCGCUGCCCUCCUGUCCGGCUGCCGGCCCCGCGCCCUCCGCCGAUAUGAAUUACUCUAGGUUCAUCACCACUGUGAGUACAGCAAGAAAAGCAUCUCCAAUAAGACUGCUGACUGAAUUGAUGCAGAAGUCUCCUCCAUCUCUCAUCUCUCUGGCUGGAGGGGUACCAAAUCCUAAUCUUUUUCCAUUUAAGAGGGCAACUGUUGACAUUGGACAUGGAACCCCUAUUGAGAUUGGGGAAGAUCUGAUGAAGAGAGCUCUCCAGUACUCAGCCUCAGCAGGGAUUCCAGAGCUGUUGUCUUGGCUAAAAGAUUUCCAGAGGAGCUUACAUGAUCCCCCCACAGCCAACUACAGUCCUGAGCAAGGACAGAUGGAAGUGUGUGUCACAACUGGCAGCCAGGAAGGCUUGUGUAAAGUGUUUGAAAUGCUCAUUAAUCCUGGAGACAACAUCCUUUUGGAUGCACCCACGUACUCGGGGACACUAGCAGCUCUGAGACCCUUGGGUUGUAAUAUAAUUAAUAUCCCUAGUGACCAACAUGGCAUUAUUCCAGAAGCUUUAAAAGAAAUUCUGUCUGCUUGGAGCCCAGAGGAUGUAAAAAAUCGUAGCAAUCACCUCCCCAAAUUCCUGUACACUAUUCCAAAUGGAUGCAAUCCAACUGGGAACUCGCUGACCACAGAGCGCAAAAAGGAGAUUUACCAGCUUGCAAGAAAAUAUGAUUUUCUCAUAAUAGAAGAUGAUCCUUACUACUUUCUUCAAUUUCAAAAGCCAUGGGCUCCAACUUUCCUCUCAAUGGAUGUGGAUGGCCGAGUUAUCAGGACCGACUCUUUCUCUAAAAUUCUCUCAUCUGGUUUAAGAAUAGGUUUUCUGACGGGUCCCAAGCCUCUCAUCGACAGAGUUGUUCUACACAUUCAGGUGUCAACAAUGCACACCAGCACUUUCACACAGAUUAUGAUAUCACAGCUGCUUCAGCAAUGGGGACAAAAGGGUUUCUUGGAGCAUAUAGACAGAGUGGUGGACUUCUACAGGAUACAGCGGGAUGCAAUGCUAACUGCUGCUGACAAGUGGUUAAAAGACUUGGCAGAAUGGUACCCUCCUGCUGCUGGCAUGUUCUUAUGGAUCAAAAUUAAGGGUAUUUCUGAUACACAGCAGCUGAUAAUGGAAAAGGCUUUGAAGAAAGAAGUAUUACUGGUUCCUGGAGGAGCAUUCAAUAUUGAUAGUUCAGAGCCUAGUUCUUAUGUCAGAGCCUCCUUCUCUCUGCCUUCUCCUGCCCAGAUGGAUCUGGCCUUCAAGAGACUGGCCGACCUUAUAAAAGAAUCUUCGUGAAAAAGCUAAAUAGAGCUCUUGCAGUAAUAAAAAUCAUCUCCAGAAAAUAGUUCUUAACAUUUGGAUUUCAUCAGAACACUUUAUAAGCAAGCACAAUAUAGUGGAUGUUUCCUUAGAUCUUUUCAGCUAGAAAAUAGACUGAAAAUGAAAGUGAAAAACAAUUUGUCUAAUCUUUUUUGACAGGAUAUUACAUUACUAAAUGUAUCCAAUUCAUAAACAUUUUAAAUACUCAAAACCAAAAUGUUCUAUUUCCUGUAAAAUCCAUGGUAUUGUUAGAUUUAAAUUGAUUUUUGUUCUGACUUUUGUUUUCCAUUUCAGCUGGGAAAAGAAAUCAUUUACCUAGAAAGUUGCACUUGAGGUGGUUUUAGCCACUAUUACUUCUCACUGUUAACAUCAACUGAUACAGUCCUCCAAAAUCUUAUGUUGGAAUUGUCUCAUGGGUCACUUCCAUUCUUGUCCUUCUGUAUGGCAUCUGGUUUUAAUGAUUUGAGGAUUAGUAUUUAAUUCUACUGAAGUUUUGUCAGACAAAGCUGAUGUAACUAUGUUAAAAAAAUUUAAAACUGAUCCAACAAAAUGAGGCUGUGAGUACAAUUAAACUGGGGUCCCUUGCAAUUUGCAGGGGUAUUCUCCAAUUUGUAAAAGGAGUUCUGAUUGCUGUUUUUUACUUCAAUCUGUGAAUAAUUACUCUGUAGCUGUGGUAGAAAAUCUAUGGUUUGCCAAGGCAUGUGUAUGUACUAAAGGAACUACUCUUGGUUAUUCAGUCAGAUGUGGUUGUGAAUGGAGUGUGUAAGUAACUGAACAGGGGACAUGGUGAAAUGGACACCACCCUGACACUGCCAGAUGCAAACAAAAUGAAAAAAUUGUUUCAGUCUCUUAUUCCUUGGUUAUUAUCAUCCCAAACAUUUGAUACUCAGCGACAGGUACAAAAGCUUCACAAAGUUUCAACUGAUCUGAUUCUCCAAGGCUUCCCAUUUGGAUUAGUGACUUCAGUUUUACUUGCUGUUUGGAUGAAAGCACUGUGAUUUUCCACUAAUAUCGGAUGGCUGCUUCUUUUUGUGCAACUGUUCAGAAUUUCAAAGUAAAACAUUGUUCAAGGAUCUAGUUAGCCAUUCAGCAGCCCAGGCAACCCGAGCAAAUAAGGGUCAGGCACAACCUGGAAGUUUCACAACAGAAAUUAUUACUACAAAUUAUUAUUACUACAAAUUUUUGAAAUACUUACAAUAAUUGUCAUUCCCUCUUUUCCCCCUAGUUAUAAAUAGCAUGUGUCACAACAAACUAGCACAGAUAUAUGCCUUUCCCAGCAUCCCUCCCAUUGGCAGGAUCAUUCCAAUGCCUCUAGCCCAGCAUCACUUUUCAUGUCAGUCUCAAGCCUUUUAAUUUAGUCACACAUCCACACCAUCUUGAGCAGCAUAUCUAGGAUCAAUCCUUUGCUAAAUUCCCAGAUUCCUGCAGCUUUUAGGUAAAUCUACUGGAGAGGAACUGACAUAGGUGGGGGCAAGGUGGUGCAGUGGAUGGGACUGGCUCCUCCACAGAGCAGCCAGGAUCCAUGGAGUGACAAAGAGAGCUUGCAGUCCCAAAUCUGCCCUCAGGGUGCCAACACUGUCUUUGAAGACAAACUUGCCCCAUUUUACGUAGUUUGAGGGUGCUAAUGGAGGGCCCAAACUAGCAGUGCCUCACGUGCAGUGCUGCUCAACAGGAAGUACUCACGUCUCAACUCACUUUCAUAAGCAUGUGUAGAAAUGAUGAAAACUCUAAUGUUGCUGUCAGGCAAUUUUUAUCUUGGGCUCAAUUGCAAAAAUUAUUUUAUCCAACAACAAACUGAUAUGUCUGUUUAAUUAAAAUAAUAUUUUUAUAGAGGAAUAAAUAUAAACAAAAUUUAAGACUGAUUUUAGUUAUCAGGAUUGUCAAAUAUUUUGGUUGUAUUGUCAUUCAUCCAAACCUGAAUUUGAUAAACAAAAUCAAAAUGUCAUUAUUAAGUAAGCCUUAAAUUGGUGGUGUGUUGAAUAAAACACCUCUUAGUUUUCAGAGAAUUAAAUGUUAAUUUGGUUGAAUGUAAGCAAAAUGCAAUUAAAUUUGUGCCACAUUACCUGGUUUUGCUAUCAGCUAAUUUAAUUUAGAGAGAGGGGGCUUUUUUCCCAACUGUGAUGUAAUUAAAUUAAUAUCCUGAACAAUGCAAAUUGAACAAUGGCAGUGAAAUCCUAUAUGCACAUGCUGUUUCCAUGAACCUCUUAAUGCACAUUUUCUGGUCUCCUGGGAGAAAGCUUUCACUGUUAUUAAAUGUUCAUGGAGGAAGCCACUUGGAACAAAAGGUGGGCAGCAUGUUCGCAUAGGAAGAAAUGACAUGGCAAUUGAAAGUUUUGGGUUUCCCUUUUCAUUUCAUCCAUCCUCGAGCAAAUAACCUCUCUCAUUCAUAGCUGGGUUUGAGCCACCUGAUGCAAGUGACAAUCUGCCACUGGGGAAGAGAGGACACAGAGGAAGGGAAGGGCCGGGCUCGGUGUGGGGAGCGCAGCCCCCGGUGCUGCCCUGGUGGGGGCAGUUGAGGAGGAGGUUGCUGCACUGCUGGAGAGAGCUGCCUGGCACGGGCAGUCCCCCACAGCCUGGCUCUUACUUCUGAGCGAGCAUUCAGCUGCCAUUCUCUUGUACCUGCACUCUGGUUCCACUGCAUUUUCAGACUUUUGGCAGAUGAAAACCACCUAGAAAUUCUGGGCAAACUCUGGACACUUGCAAGUUCUAUUUGCAUUUUAUAAAAACCUACUUGUAUUUCAGUUCUACUUGUAUUUUAAAAUCUUGUGACCUACACAUCCGCAGUUCUUUUGGUCCUGCCUUUGCAAUCUGGACUGUGACCCACUGAGGCAAACAUGUAAAAGAAUUCCAUUGAGCUAUGCUGUGCAUGUCCUAAUCUGUCUUGUUUUCUUUAUUGUUCAAUAGCAGGUUUUGAGCAGCCCACUCCAGACAGUCUUAUGUGGGAAUAGAACAGUUUCAGUGUUUGAACUGUAAUUAUUCUGAAUAAAAAUGCAAAGAAACAUGCAAUGCAAAGAAACAUUUUCAUUCUUCUAAUAUUGUUCCCAGGAAUACCAUGCUGUGCCUCACUUUUCUCCUAAUGAUUAUGGAAACUAUUGUGCAACCCUGCAAAGCACAGAAGACACAAGGAGAGAAGAAUAAGGGUCUUGCUGAUUCUUUUCAAGAAUUAAUAUCCUAGAAACAUGUUAACAAAUCUGGCUACAGCUAGAUUACCUGUAGAUGUAUAGAAUGUGGAGAAUACCUUCAGAAUUAUAUUUUCUUUUUAUUUUCAAAUUAUAAUAUAUCAGAUGUGGAUUGACAUAAUAAGUAGAUAUGCUUUAAUAUGGUCUGGGAAAAAUUAACAUGAAAGUCUUUCUGUUCCUUGAUGUACACAGAACUUUGACCUUUUUCUACAUUUGGCUAAUAAUAAACUUAAGAUAUUUUCUUGCAGCUUCAUCCAAUAAAUCAAGCAUUAACAGAGGUAGAUAAAGUUCUUCUGACAAUAUCAAAUUAUGUUAUUGUCUUAUAUGAAUGUAUAAUUUAAUAAACUCUCUGAGUGUCUGCCUCUCUACAAAAACUACUAAUAAAGUGGAGGAAUGGAAAGACCA